CAAAAUGGAUACUGGACCAAAACAAACGCGUCAGUUGAAUCCACGCUAUAAAGCAAACAUCUUUUCCAUCCUAACAUUUGGAUGGACAUUGGAAACAUUCAAACUCGGUUACACUCGCGACAUCAAGGAUGCUGAUCUAUAUGGCCCUUUGCCGGAACAUCGCUCUGAUGUUCUAGGUGAUGCUGUACAAAAGGCGUGGGACUAUGAGGUUGAAAACGUCAAUGAUAGCGAUGGAAAUGCCAAGCCAAGUUUAUGGAAGGCGCUUAUCAAAGUAUUUGGACCGGAGCUCUUAUUGUACGGGCUUAUUCUGGCUGCAAUGGAGUUCGUCAUAAGGCUGCAACAACCACUAUUUUUGGGCUUGAUGUUGCGAUACUUCAGUCCUAUUCAGGAGCUGCGUAAUACAACAGCAAACUUAACAUACGUUGAUCGGCUGUUCAACUAUUACAACUCAGAUGGCAGCGUCUCUUGGGGUGAAGCAGUAUUCUUCGCUUUUGGUAUUGUUUUCUGCAGCGCUGUCAAUGUCAUGGUUCAACACCCUUUCAUGAUGGGGGUGAUGCACAUUGGUAUGAAGAUGCGAGUAGGAGUGUGUAGUCUCAUUUACAGAAAGGCUCUAAAGGUCAGCUUGCAAGCGCUUUCCGAAAGCAGUGCCGGCUUGGUGGUAAACCUAAUGGCAAAUGACGUUAACCGGUUUGAUACAGGACCUUUAUUUGCCCAUUAUCUCUGGAUUGGGCCUCUGGAAACCAUGCUUAUGACCGCUUACCUGUAUCGUGAAAUGGGCAUGCCCGCAGUGUAUGGUAGUUUGACGAUCAUUGCUGUUGUACCUUUUCAAAUUUUCUUGGGGACAAGAACUGCACACUACAGGAAAGGCACAGCCAUUAAAUCAGACGAGCGAGUCAGGUUAAUGAAGGAAAUAGUAAUGGGAAUAGAAGUGAUCAAAAUGUACACUUGGGAGCAACCAUUUCGAAAAAUUAUUGAUUCUGUGCGAAGAAGUGAAAUAUACAAUAUCAAGAUGACGUCUUACAUCCGCGGAGUCAUCAUGUCCUUCAUAAUGUUCUCAUCGCGGUUUGGCAUCUUCAUCACCGUCCUCUUUUACGUUACCUACAUAAACCGCAUCACCGUGGAAAAUGUCUUUUUCCUCACUUGCUACUAUAACAUCAUGAAGCAAACCAUGACUUUAUACUUUCCCCAGGCCGUUGGACAAAUCGCAGAAAUGAAUGUAGCUAUUCAAAGAAUACGGGACUAUUUAUUGACUGAGGAGUGUCAGUUAUCUCCUCGAGAACUAAUGGAACCCGGACAAAAUGCUUUUAAUAUUCCUAAAAAACGGGUGACUAUUCGAGAACCCCGCAAAAACGAGAUCGCAAUCCAAUUUGAAGAGGCCUGCAGUCGCUGGAUUAAAUCUUCUAGCAAAAACGACGUCGAAGACAUAACUCUAAAGAUCAAAUCUGGUUCAUUAACUACGAUAAUUGGAGCGGUUGGGUCUGGGAAAUCGACCAUACUCCACAUGAUCCUUGGUGAAUUGCCGUGCUCGAGAGGAACGAUGGAAGUUAAGGGAAGUAUUAGUUACGCAAGUCAGGAUCCAUGGCUCUUUGUUGGUUCCGUUCGCCAGAAUAUUCUUUUUGGGCAGCCUUUCAUAAGAUCUCGGUACAUAGAAGUAUGUAAAGUGUGCGCCUUGGAACGAGAUAUAUCUCUGUUUCCUCAUGGAGACAAAACAGUAGUUGGUGAAAGAGGAGUGUCUCUUAGCGGAGGACAACGCGCAAGAAUCAACUUGGCGAGAGCCGUUUAUAAAGAAGCAGACAUCUACUUGUUGGACGACCCACUUUCAGCAGUUGACACGCAAGUGGCUAAACACAUAUUCGAAAGAUGUAUCAAAAGAUAUUUGGAAGAUAAAACAGUGGUAUUGGUUACACACCAGUUACAAUUCAUCAAAUCCGUUGAGCACAUUGUUAUAAUGGACAAAGGCAAAAUACUCGCCGAAGGUGGAUUCCAGGAAUUGAAUGAAAAACAGUUGAAGAUAAUACAACUAAUGGUGAGCAACAUCCGAGAAGUGCACGAAGAUGAUGCUACGCCCGGAUUGCAAAGCACGUCAAUGGUGCAGCCAAGCACAGUCAGCUUGCAUCGACGACAUUUCUCCUUGGUGUUCAACACCAGUUUUACCGAUCAAAAGCCAGAAGCAGAAAUGCAAACGAUUGGUCGCGUGGACAGCACGGUAUACCGCGACUAUUUCAUGGCGGGAGCAGCCUGCCCCUACGUCAGUUUGGUGGGCUUCUUGUUCCUGCUGGCACAGUUCUGUGCUAGCGCUUGCGAUUAUUGGAUAAGUCGCUGGAGUCACGCCGAAGACCGGCUGACAGGAGAUCCCACUAUGGACAACAUCCUCUGGCAAGAACAAGGCUUGUACCGCGAGGACUUUGUGCUCAUCUUCGGACUCAUCACACUGGCCACGAUCAUCGUUGCUCUUAUAAGAGCUUUUUCCUUUUUCUCUUUGUGCAUGAAGUCAUCAAUAAAAUUACACGACAAAAUGUUCGAAUACGUAUCUGGAUCUCCAAUGAGUUUCUUCCAUACUAAUCCUUCUGGUAGAAUUCUUAACCGAUUCAGCAAAGACAUGGGCUCCGUGGAUGAAUUACUACCCCAGGCCAUGAUUGACUGUUUCCAGAUUUUGUUGAAUUUACUUGGAGUCAUCAUUGUAAUUUUAAUGACGGACAUCACUUUACUGAUUCCGAUAGCUGCAGCACUUAUAAUUUUCUACAUCUUCCGCGUUGUUUACAUAAGAACAACGGGUGCUGUGAAACGUUUGGAAGGAAUCACGCGCAGUCCAGUGUUCGGUCACCUAAACGCGAGCGUUCUCGGUCUGGCCACGGUGCGCUCAUUCGGUGCCGAGCUUCUCCUGGCUGCGGAGUUCGACCGGCACCAGGACCUGCACAGCGCGGCCUGGUACCUCUUCAUCACGUGCAGCCGCGCCUUCGGCUACUUCCUCGACGUCAUCUGCCUGCUGUUCAUCGUCUGCGUCACUUUCAGCUGCCUUAUGAAGACUGAUAUGGACGGCAGCCACGUAGGCCUGGCUAUUACCCAGUCGAUAUCGUUGACCGGCAUCUUCCAAUGGGGCAUGCGGCAGUCGGCCGAGAUGGAGAAUCAGAUGACCAGCGUGGAACGAGUUCUAGAAUACACCAAACUGAAGCAAGAGCCUGCGAUGAGGGGUUCACCAGAGAAUCGACCACCACCUGAAUGGCCAACAGAAGGCGCUAUAAUGUUCGAUAAUAUGAGUCUGAAGUACUCACCAGAGGGAAAUUAUGUAUUGCACAAACUGCAGCUAAAUAUUAGGCCGCAAGAGAAGAUUGGUAUCGUAGGCAGAACUGGGGCUGGAAAAUCAUCAGUCAUACAAGCUCUGUUUAGAUUGGCGUAUAUCGAAGGCACGAUAUUGAUCGACGGCAUCGACAUUUCAAUUAUUGGGUUGCAAGAUUUGAGAGAAAAGAUCUCUAUUAUUCCACAGGAACCGGUAUUGUUCAGCGGCACGAUGAGAAAGAACUUGGACCCUUUCGAUGAGUACCCUGACGAAACGCUUCUACGAGCUUUACAAAACGUAGAACUACAAUCUGAUGAUGGAAGCGCAGAUGACUUGUACAAGAUAGUGUCCGAAGGCGGUUCAAACUUUAGUGUCGGCGAGCGACAGCUAGUGUGCCUAGCGCGGGCCAUCGUCCACAACAAUCGUAUCCUGGUCCUGGACGAAGCUACCGCUAAUGUGGAUGCAGAGACCGACGCGCUCAUUCAGACGGCCAUCAGGGAACACUUUAGCAACUGUACUGUGCUUACUAUUGCGCAUCGGUUGAACACUGUUAUUGACUCGGAUAAGAUCCUUGUGCUAGAUGCAGGAAGACUGAUGGAGUUCGCUCACCCUCACAUCCUACUCCAAAACAAGAAGGGCUACUUCCGCAAGAUGGUGGCCGAGACCGGGCCCGCCAUGGCUCCUAUACUGCACAAAAUGGCCGCUGAUAGCUACAAGAACUUACAAGAAAGUUAAUGAAAACCAGCGAGUUAUUUAAAAUAUUUUAUAUUGAGUAUAUUUUUAUAAAUAGAUUUCUUAAAU